AUUGCACUCCAUGUGUUCCGAAACUCGAUUUGAAUUCUAUAAUGGAGAAAUUUUAACCUUGUCACGUCUUCUGUGUCUAGUUUUUCUAACUGGUUUUCAUCAAUUCAUUUCUUGUCGGAUAUUAAGAUUUCUUAAAAAGAAUUGUAUUCUCUAGAUCUCUAGAUUAUAAAUAUUAUAGAUUGCUUAAUUGCAACUAGAAUAAGCUAUGUUCAUGGCAACCUAUAGGUUAAUGUUUCCUAUUAAUGGGAAACAGUUUAACCCGUUAACUUUAUCUUGUAUUAGGAAAUUUACUUCUGCACAAGAUUUUACUACAUCUAAAGGAAACGUAGAAGAAAAUCCCUUGCCACCAAAACCAAAGAAACCACUAAAUAUAUUUGUACAAUAUGUUGAAUCUAUAAAAGAUAAAUUGCUUAAAGAAUAUCCUGAUUAUAAACAUAAAGAUAUUUUGAAAAAAGCUUCAGAAAAAUGGGCACAAAUCGAUCCAAAGAUAAAACAGGAUUUGAAAGACCAAUAUCUUGAACAAAACUCUAUAUAUAAGCAAAAAUUAAUUGAUUAUGAAAAUUCUUUAAGUGAUAAGCAAAAGAUGCAAAUAAAAGAAUUACAGAAAAAGAGGCAAAUAAAAGAUCUGAAAAGGAGUGAAAUUAAACAAAAACUGAUAGAAUUUGGGAAACCAAAACAUCCAUUGACUUCUUUUAUGUUAUUUUUGCGUGAUAAAAGGCUUACAAAAAAUCCACAAGUACCUUAUAAAGAUUGGAUGAAUAAUGUAACCGAAGAAUGGAAAAAUAUAACAAUAGAAAUUAAAAAUAAAUAUAAUGCAGAAGCAAAAGAAUUAAUAGAAAAAUAUAAGAUAGACAUGAAAAAAUGGAAGGAAGAUAUGAUUCGAGCAGGUCAUCAUAACAUUGUAAAACCCAAUAUUAAACAUAAGUCUGAGUCUCUGAAAUAUAAAGAAUAGGAUUCAGAGUGCCCCAAUCAAUGCAAUAUGCCCAUUGCUGAUUCCGCUGCUGCUAAUUUUUUCAAUAUUAAAACUGAAAGCAAAGAAAAUAUUAAAAUAGGUUGGGGCACUGAUAUUACACAGAAUACACUUGGACAUAAUCUUGAUGCUAAUAAAAAUAAUACAGAUCAAUGGUAUAGCUCUACAAAAGGCUUGAGACUUGAAAAUAGCAAAAAUACUUUACAAACUUCAAUGAACUCAAGAAAUGCAGCAAUAGAUGCAUCGAUAGAUAAAAAAUCAAUUACACAACCUCAUGAUAUACAUACACAAAUACACAUAUAUUUUGUUUCUGCAUGGAAAAGAGUUUUGAGAGUGUUUUGUGAGAUUAGUAAAAACUGGAAAAUGAAAUUAUACUAACCCAAAUGUGAAAACUAUUAUGAUGAUGACAGCAGCAGAUGCAUAUGGUGACUUACAUCAUCUCAACAUUUUAUACAUACGUGUUCAUUAUAUUUACAUCAUUAACAAUUAUGAAAUUUAUCUUGAAAUAAUAUUUUUCUCAUGAGUUAUUCUUUAAUUUACUAUUUUUUUCUUUCAUAAAUAUAUAUAUUUUGUAUAUGUAUACUUUGUAAUGUAUUUGUUCAUUAGAUUCAUAUAUAUAAUAAUUAAACAUUAAUAUAUCCUUUAUAUGCAUACAUUUUUUUUAAAUGUUAAUAUUAUUCUUGUAAUAAUAUAUGUUACAAUACAACUCUUAAUUUUGACUCGAAAUUAAGCAAAUUUUCUGUUUAAUAUGUAUGCAUGUAAUGUAUGUUCAAAUAACAAAAUAAAAAUAUCAUGUGUGUUAUCAUGCU